CAACCAUCUUGAACAGCUGAGAGGCGACAUGCUUUCUGCUUCCUCUUGUUCUCGUGGUAUCCAAACAAUUUCCAAACGUGGUAAAUAAAAGCGCAUAUUUUCGGAGCUUGGACUAAUACUAUUAUGCACACGCAUAACAACUUUAAAACCCCCUCCGACGAAGACGAACUGGAUGAUCUGGACGAAGACAUGGUGGUCGGUGUCAUAGCGGAAAUCGAACAGGAGGUGCUGAACGAGUCGGACAGCGACAACGACGAAUAUGACCUGGUUGACAUGGGUGCUCCAGUGCCGGAAAACGAUGGCGACAGUAGUUACGAUGGCAACGAAAGUAUCAGCAGCGAUGAUAGUUUCGAUCCGAAUGCAGCGGACUCGGACUCAGAUGAUUCGAUGCUCGAUGAUGCGGGCCGUGCAUCCGCCGGAGGGGCAACGAGUGCAAAGAGACGCAAGGAUGACGAUAAUCCAUCGGGCAGCAGCAGGCAACCAGAAGCCACCUUCGACUUGGACGAGGACGACGAAACAGACGAGACUGUACGUGCCAUGAUAGCCGCUAUAAAGAAGCCGCGCAGUGCUCCCCCAGAGAUUAAGCUUGAAGACUUCAUAACAGAUAUCUGCUUCCAUCCGGACCGUGAUAUCAUCGCCUUGGCCACAAUCAUCGGGGAUGUACAUCUGUACGAGUAUGACAACGAGGCGAACAAGCUGCUGCGCACGAUUGAGGUUCAUUCCAAAGCAUGCCGCGAUGUGGAGUUCACAGAGGAUGGGCGCUUCCUGCUCACCUGCUCCAAAGACAAGUGCGUCAUGGUCACCGAUAUGGAAACGGAGAAGCUGAAAAAGCUAUACGAGACGGCCCACGACGAUGCCAUCAACACGCUGCACGUUCUAAAUGAAAAUCUCUUUGCCACGGGCGAUGAUGCAGGCACGGUCAAGCUGUGGGAUCUGCGCACCAAGAAUGCCAUCUUCGAGCUGAAAGAGCUGGAAGAUCAGAUCACCCAGCUGACGACUAACGACCAAAGCAAGCUGCUGCUGGCCACCAGUGCCGAUGGCUACCUGACUACAUUCAAUAUAGCUGCGCGAAAGAUGUACGUGCAAUCGGAGCCGUACGAGGAGGAGCUGAGCUGCAUGGGCAUAUAUCGCGGUGACUCCAAGCUGGUGGUGGGUACCUCCAAGGGUCGCCUGUAUACCUACAACUGGGGGCAAUUCGGGUACCACUGCGACAUGUAUCCGGGCAUAAAGAGCCCCAUUAGUCUAAUGAUACCCAUCACAGACCGGAUUGCCUGCGUGGCCGGGGAGGAUGGAAACAUUCGAGCUUGUCACAUCGCUCCGUAUCGUAAUCUCGGCGUGGUGGGACAGCACAAUAUGCCCAUCGAGUCGCUAGACGUCAACUCCAGCGGUGAGCUCAUCGCAUCCUCCUCGCACAACAACGACGUGCGAUUCUGGAAUGUUAAGUAUUUCGAGGACUUUGGAGACAUUAAGUACAAUGAGAAACACAACGCCUACAAGGAGCAGCGUCACAAUCUUCCCUCCUCAAAAUGCAGCAAUGCAUCUGACUUUUUUGCCGACCUGACCAAAGAGGAUGCGGAUGAUGACGAUCAUGAUCCGAGCGCUGGACCCAGUAAUAUGGCCUAGAAUGAAAUGUUUGCUAGCAAUGAUUUAUAGUCGUAUUUGUUGGUGGGUCAAUUUGAAAGGAGGCGAGUCUACAAACUUGAAAGGAUCGCGUAAUCUAUUGUUUUAAAAAUUCCUAACUUAUGCAGUAGUGUGUAUUCACAUAUAUAUUUUAUUUGUAUAGGUUUUCUGUCAUAUCAACGAAAUUGACCCAUCCAGACAUCAAAGUAAAAUGUUGAACUUAUAGAACGUCUUUGAAAGCAUCAAAACGUAGCUACCAAUCCCUAAAGUGUUGCACGACGAUUUUACACAAUGUAGCACAUUAAAAUUUCGCAUUGAACUGUUAUUGAUAAUAGAACUGAUUAAGAAUAAAUCCCAAACAGAAAUAAAAGUGUACCGAAUUUUUAUCGGAGGAAUAAAAAAACAGCAG